AUGGAACGUCACAGAGCCCAUACUGUUUACGUGGGUGUCCACGUGCCUGGAAAUGGCGGGCAUCGGAGUCGCCGAUCUCACCGAAGGCAUCGCCAUCAUCACAAACAUUCAUCAGACUCCCAAAAGGAGAAAGAGGACGAGCGACCAGGCACACCGCCAUCUCAACGAGUCCAGUUCAUUUUGGGUGAGGAUGAAGACGACAUGCACGAGUCUCAUCCCUUGUUUUCUGAGAUGGAAGAGCUCAUCCAAGAAGGGGGAGAAAUGGAAUGGCGAGAAACUGCCAGGUGGGUGAAGUUUGAGGAAGACGUGGAAGAAGGCGGGAACAGAUGGUCGAAGCCUCAUGUGGCUACUCUUUCACUCCAUUCCCUUUUCGAGUUGAGAAGCUUCAUCAUGAGUGGAAUUGUGCUGCUGGACAUGGAAGCUCAAACAAUGGAGCAGGUGGCAGAUUUGACCAUUGAGAACUGGAUCAAUACAAAUGUCCUACAGUUCGACCUGAAUGAGAAGGUGAAGGAUGCGCUGCUUAGAAGGCAUCGUCAUCAGCACGAGAGGAGGAAGGACAACUCGUCGAGUAACGUCAGCCGUCUCCCAAUUAUCCGUUCCCUUGCUGAAAUCGGUCGCUCUUAUUCCUCCAGCAAGAGUUUGAAGACAGCAAUGUCAGCAGCCUUCAAGUUAGGGAAGAAAGUUCCAUCCGUGCCUCGCUCCACUACUUGGAGUGGAGGUGCGAGGUCAAUGGAUGAAAUGUCCCUGACGGUUGCAGAUCAAGGUCAGGGUCAAAGUCAGAGUCAGAGUCAGAGUCUGACCCCAGUCUCUCUCUCUGGAGGCAGUGGGGGAAACUCACUGGGCGACAUCAUGGAGGAUGAGAAAGAAGAAAGAAAACCUAAAAAGUGGAACUGGUAUAAGGUAAAGCCCAUGUUGAAUGGUCCCUACUCGGCCGUUCCACAGCAGGAAGGAGACGAGCUGAGCAAGACUUCUGCGAGCAUACAGGAUUCUCACAUCCUGGAUCACAGUGCUACCCACGCUUCACUUCAGGCGACUUCUCUAGGUGAAUCUGAAGCUGGCGUCCGACCCAGUCAUAGCAACCUGAAUUUCAUGAGGAAGAUCCCUCCCGGUGCAGAAGCAUCCAAUAUACUCGUCGGGGAAGUCGAUUUUCUGGAUCGUCCAAUCACUGCUUUCAUUCGUCUCAAUGCUGCCACUCAUUUGGGGAACUUGACUGAAGUUCCUCUUCCAACUCGCUUCCUUUUCAUCAUCCUUGGCCCCGCUGGGAAUCUGGGUCGCUUUCACGAGAUAGGACGUGCAAUUGCAACAUUGAUGUCAGACGAAGUAUUCCAUGAGAUCGCCUACAAGGCAAAGCAUCGGAGUCAUCUAUUAGCUGGAGUGGACGAAUUCCUAGAUGCAGUGACCGUCCUGCCUCCCGGUGAAUGGGAUCCCAGCAUUCGGAUAGAGCCCCCCGGGAAAAUCCCUUCUCAGGUUCUCUUCCAUCUCUUCCUCGAGGCGGGACAUGGCUCUAGGGAUGGGGACGAGGAACCACGAAAGCAUCCUGAGCAGCCGAAGGAAGAAGUUCACGAAGAGGAGGAGGAGCAAAAGAUUCGAGAAGAGAAUGGACUUGUUCGGUCUGGUCGUCUGUUUGGCGGACUCAGGAAUGACCUGAAACGAAAACUUCCCUGGUACUUCUCCGACUUCCGGGACUCACUGUCCAUCCAAUGCAUUGCUUCUUGGAUUUUCUUGUAUUUUGCUUGCCUUUCGCCAAUAAUCACUUUUGGCGGGCUCAUGGGAGACGCAACUGAGAAUCGCAUGGCCGCCAUGGAAUCUCUCGUCUCUGGAUUUGUCAAUGGAGUCUGUUAUGCACUGUUCUCUGGUCAACCCCUCACCAUCCUUGGCAGUACAGGACCUGUCCUCGUUUUUGAAACUAUUCUUUACGACUUUUGCAAAAGCAAUGCGCUGGAGUAUCUGUCAUUUCGUUUAUGGAUCGGAGUUUGGGUGGCAAUAUUCUUGUUCAUCAUGGUGGCCGUCGACCUCUCAUACAUCGUUUGUCUCAUAACACGUUUCACCGAAGAGAAUUUCGCCUGUCUCAUAGCUUUCAUCUUCAUAUACAAAGCUGUGGAGAAGGUGAUGAUGAUCGGGAUAGACUAUCCCAUCAACAUGAAUCCAAAUAUGCCACUGGAUUAUUCAUGUUGGUGUGAACCAAGCAACAUCAGUAUGGUGGAUACUGAAACGGUGAAUUGGACUUCUCUCUCAAAAAAGGACUGCGUUAAGGUUUACAAUGGGACGCUGGCUGGCUCCGGAUGUGACACCCCUCAGUACUACCCAGAUGUAUUUUUGAUGUCUCUUCUGUUGUUCCUUGGGACGUUUGCUAUUUCCGUCUUCCUCAAGAACAGCCGCACAUCCCCAUACUUCCCAACAAACGUGCGUGUAGUAGUGAGCGACUUUGCCGUGAUCCUCGCCAUUUUCUCCAUGACGAUCACGGAUUUCCUUGUCGGGAUCAACACGCCAAAGCUCAUUGUCCCCCAGGAAUUCAAGCCAACCUGGAAAGGACGUGGAUGGAUCAUUCCUCCAUUUGGAAACAAUCCAUGGUGGACGGCCAUUGCUGCCCCUAUUCCCGCUGCCCUCGCUACCAUCCUUAUCUUCAUGGACCAACAAAUCACAGCUGUGAUCGUCAAUCGCAAAGAACACAAGCUGAAGAAAGGGUGCGGCUACCACUUGGACUUGUUUGUCCUAACUUGUCUCAUCCUCAUCUGCAGCCUUAUGGGUAUUCCUUGGUUUGUGGCUGCUACGGUCCUCUCCAUCAAUCAUGUCAAUUCCUUGAAAUUGGAGUCAGAAUGUGCUGCCCCUGGCGAGAAGCCGCAGUUUCUUGGAGUUCGGGAGCAGCGAGUCACUCACCUUCUCAUCUUCGUCAUGAUGGGUUUAUCUGUUGCCCUCACUCCAGUUCUCAAGCACAUCCCAAUGCCAGUCCUUUACGGAGUAUUCCUGUACAUGGGAGUAUCAUCUCUAAAGGGCCUCCAGUUCUUCGAUCGGAUCCUAAUCAUGUUCAUGCCGGCCAAGUACCAGCCAGACUUGACGUUCCUUCGACAAGUCCCUUUGAAGAGAGUCCAUUUAUUUACAAUUGUGCAACUCCUCUGUUUCAUCCUUCUUUGGGUCAUCAAAUCCUUCAAGGACACAUCCAUCCUCUUUCCAUUUAUGCUGGUAGUCAUGAUCGGUAUUCGGAAGCUGUUGGAUUUUGUCUUUGAGCCUCGGGAAUUGAAGGUUCUUGAUGACAUCUUACCUGAGAUCACGCGUCGCAAGAAGGAGGAAGAACGACAGAAGAGAGAAUCUCUCGCUUCCCAGGGGAGCAAUGAUGAAGAUGAGAAUCAUGACUGUCGAAGUGCAGGUAUCGGUAACUUGCGAAUGGGUCCGUCAGGGAGUUUGACCCUUCCCCUCCCAAAUGGAAAUGUGAUUAAAAUCCCAGCUGAUGCUAUCAACAUCUCUGAAGAGAUGAACAAAAGUGGAGUCUGGAAGCAAGUGAGCAGCAGUGACCUCUUGUCCAAUAAGGACAAGGAGAAAGACAAAGAAUGCGAGAAGUCAAGCAAAAGCAGGACAGCUUUUGAAAUGGGGAACAUUGAUGAAAAGAAGAGGCUCUCGCAUGUCCCCGAGGAAGAAGAGGAAGACGUUGGCAUCACGAUUACCGUGGAUCCACCCAGCAAGAGAAACAGUCCAGGAGCGGGAGAACCAGGAGAGACUCCCGUGUGACUCUGGUGAUGCUUAGAUGAUAUCGUCAUCUUUCUCUUUCCUCUGCUCUCAUUCUUUUCCUCGACCUCUCUCCUCGUAGAGUCUUCUGCAUCCAGAGCUUCGGUCAAGCAAUAUCUCAAUACAGCUGGAAGUUAACGAGGAGACUGCUCUUUCAAUGUUGUCUCAGUACGCUUAUUCUAUUGAUUAGUUAGUGGGGAUUUCAUGGGGAUUCACAAAUUUUUGGAGGUCAUCCUAUGGGAGUGCUCAAGAGAAAGCGAACUGUUGACGAGGCUGGUGUUCUGCACUUCACUAGUACCCCACUAAGGCUCUGGGGUAAUGUAAUACAGAAUACAGGUCUUAGGUACAUUUGUCUAGACUUUUCUAGGUCUAGGAUGUUGAACUGUCCGCAGUUUUUGCCUUACCAGCUGAUGUGACAUGUAGUGCUUUCCUAGGCCAUGAAAGAUACGUUACAAAGGCGAUCCUGUACGACUGACUAGAUUGGUGGGCAACGAUGAAGAAGUUGAUGAUGAUGAUUUGAAUGUGAUUAUUUUCUAUUCUGUCCGUCGUCGGCCGAUUUUCAUGUGAUUGCCAGACAGUCCGUCAACAUGUGGAGUUUAUGAGCAUCAGUCGUGGAUCGAUGAAUUCUCUUGCCUCUGUUCCAGUUUAUUCUGUACCUUACUAGGGAUUCUCCUUCCACGUGGUGCCAAAAUGCAGGCUCUUAUCUUCUUGUGUCUAGCAUUGUCUUUCACGUUGGAAGCUCCAAUGAUCCAGGUGUUUCUCACCUUCCGCAAUCAACAUACCAGUGAUUAUUUCUUUCAAGUGUAAAUUUGUGUUUCUUAGGUUUUUUUCUUGUUUCAUUGGUAUCUUAUUGAGAAUGGUGAACUUGUCAAAGCUCUCUCCUUUUGAAAUGGUGCAUGAGGAUGAAAUUCUUAUGUGCACAGUUACAUAUUAGCUCACUUGUACAUAUUUUGUAGAAUAUUAAAAGGAAUCGUAUAAAGAUGAUAUUGAAUGGGA